UAUCUUAUUUGGGUUUUGCAUGAACUUUUUUUUUUUUUUUUUGUUAUUAGCGUUUUUUGCUUGUUUUUUCUUGGCUAUAUAUUGUGGUUUUAGCAGCAAUUUAGCUGAUUGUUCCAUUUGCUGGCUUUUCCUUUAUGUUAUAACGCUUUAGGGUAGUUCUAAAGAUUUAAUUUUUCUUGAAAUUUAUAGUUAUGUGUGUAGAAAUUUGUUAUAAUCCUGAAAAGGAUUUGGGUCUUGAUAACAUUUUGCAAUUUUAACAAAGAGUAUCCGUGUGCGGCUCUUUAAUGUGUUACUAUUACUUACUAGAAUUGUUAUGUUGCUUGCAUUUUUGUUCAACUUUAUUUUGUUCUUCAGUUCUGAUACAAUUAAUCAUCUGGAUUUGGAUAUUUUCCUCAACGGUAAAAGAUUCCGUCUUUAGUUGGCAGCACUUUUCAUGACGUAUUAGUACUUUUGAUUGCCCAAGAUUGUUCAUUCUCUUUAGUGCCUCAAAAGCCCUUGAGGAGCCCUUUAAGAGAGCCCUAGAAUCUUGUCUGUAUCUUUCCUCUUCCAUAAACAUGGUAUGUUUGUUAUUUGGUUCAUUAUUUGUAGGUUUUGUUAUUGGAGUGUAUGAUGUUUUCUUGUGAUUAAUUCAAAGAUGUUUUGAAUUGAUUAGGAAUGAAGAUGUAGUUUCUCUAUGCAUUUUCCUAGUCAUGCUUAUGUUUGUUGCUUCAACAAAUGAAUGCUUGCUGUUGAAAUUGAAAAGAAUGGAUUUGUAAUUGCUUUCUGGAGAUAACUUGCUGUAAUGUAAGGUCACAUGUGCCCCUGUGGACUACGAAACGUCUGUGUUUAUGUAGAUAUGGUUUUGGUCCUUGCUGGUUAUCCCACAUGACAGGACAAGAAACAUCGACAUCCUGUCCGAAGCCUCCCCCUCCUUUAUCAACAAACAGUUGUAAUUCAGCCCCUGCUUCACAAGAUAAUACGCCGACAUCAAGUGUCCACCUCUCUCCAACUGUUAACCUUUCUCGAGAAUACUACCUAGCGGUUCAAACCAGUUCUUAUAGUGAGAUCCGAAGAAAAUUCUACAGUGGUCCUCUCGACCAAAGUGUAGGACGUGUGGAUGUCUUUGAGGAGCCUCAGCUGUUGGAACAUAUUCUUCGACCAAGCCGUGAGGGUCUUCAGGAAGCACUCUCACUUAUUAAGCCUAACUCUCUUACUCAUCUUGCCGCAACCUACUUUGAUCAUAGUGAGCACAGCUCCCGUCUAUACCUUCUCCUCUAUCAGAGGAUCCGUAAUACUCGACUCCUCUACACCCCUAUGCAUAACCUUCUCGAUGAACUUCCAGUAGAUAUCCACUCUGACUACUAUUCCCUCUCUCCUUCCCAGUGUGAUUUAGCAUUUAACGCGUUUCUCCAAUUUGACUGCGCUGAGAAUCCCUUCCUAUCCACCGACUCACACAGCUUCACUAAUACGCGUCAGCGCUUGACCCAGCUCAGAGAAGAGCUUGACCAUCAUCUCAAAAAGUCACAAUCGAGACUUCACCUAAUACGUCGCUGCUCAAGAGGAUCUGCGAUUUGCUUGAUAGCUGCCACUGUGGGUGUGGUUAUGUCAGCGGUGGCUAUAGCUACUCAUGCUCUCGUUGCCCUUGUCGCAUGCCCCAUAUGCCAUGCCAUUCUCCCUUCAAAUAUGACUAAGAAAGAAAAUAUCCAUCUAGCUCAGCUUGAUGCUGCUGCCAAGGGUGCUUAUGUCCUUCGGAACGAUCUGGACACCAUUGAUCGCCUGGUAGCCCGUCUGUGUGCAGCAGUUGAAAACGACAAACUUCUUAUUCAUCUUGGGCUAGAGAGAGGAAGAGACAAGUAUAGCAUUCAAGAGAUACUGAAGCAGCUCCACAGAAACCGCCCUAAUUUUGUCCAACAGCUUGUGGAUCUGGAGGAGCAUUUGUUCUUGUGUUUUGCUGCUAUCAAUCGGGCCCGAUUGCUUCUGCUCCAAGAGAUUCAAAUGCACCAAAACCCUGCCUGAUUACGGCCAAAUGAAUUAAAUGCUGUAGUCGCUGUAGAACUUCCAAGAGAUGCACGACUAGAAGAUAACUGGUCGAUUGUUAACCCCGCCCCAGCUCUUUGGCUGGUUUGCCUGAUGAAUCUGCUCCAGGUGCCUUUAUGUUCGGCCUUCAGUCUCAUGAUCUAUAUAUUGCUCUACCUCCUUCAAGCAUGAAGCUGAGUGAUGCUACUCCAGCGACAUUUGCAGGAACAAGACAUACAUGUAACUAAUCUACCCUCACAGAGUUCUACAUUUUUUAGGUUUUUACUCUUUUUCCACAACCUCUAAUGGCAAUUUUUUCGGAAUGAUUAGCUGAGUGAUUGAACAGAAUUAAGUGUAACAAUUGUUAGGCAACUUUCAUUAUCCUUCACCAGAGCCUUUUUACUUUGCUGGAGGAUGACGAUAUGAACGAAACAUUCAAAGUAAUAUUUGAAAUAAAGAUGUGCUUUUUCAAAAGCUAUUGUUGGCA